AUGCAUCCCGCGCGGCGUGCCUAUGUGGAGGAUGCACAGGAGGAUACGGACAUGGGAGUAGACCUUGCCAAUAUCCCCGUGGACAAUGACUACGAGUUGCCAUCGGCUGCUGCAGGUAUAGCUCCGGAGAAAGCCUCUGCCAUAUUAUCUCAGUUCGAACGAAAGCGACGAGCAGCUGCUAUUGCGGUACCUACAGACGAUGGCCGGGUAAAGGCACGAUUGCGGGAGUUGGGUCAUCCGAUUACGCUCUUUGGUGAAGACUCUACGGACCGACGUGACAGGUUAAGGGAGGUAUUAGCGGACCUAGAAGAGCAGCUAGCUGCUGGCGCAAGUGAGCAGGGCGCACAAGAUGUGGGCAUGGGAGGUGCGGAAGAGGGGGAAGAAGAACAAGAACAAGAGGAGGAAUUUUACACAGAAGGCUCGCAGGGUCUACUCGAGGCACGGAGAGAUAUUGCCAGGUUCUCAAUACCGAGGGCAAAAGCGAGAGUUGAGCUGCAGAAGGCUGAAUCUACCAUACCUCUCAGAACACACGUCAAGCACAGGAAAGCGAUAAAAGAAAAAUUAGCAAACUUUGAACUAUACGGGUCUCAAAUUGCCGGAGAUCGGCCUGUGAGCAUUACCAGGUUUUCUCCAAACGGUGAAAUACUGGCUGCGGGGAACUGGAGCGGAGGCGUCAAGCUUCUAACGGUACCAAACUUGGAGGAAAAGGCCAAUUUACGUGGUCAUACAGAUCGAAUUGGUGGGCUUUCGUGGUUUCCCGGAGCUACUUUACCUACGUCAAAUGUUUCAGAAUCCUCCUUGAACCUCGCUACUGGAGGAGCAGAGGGGAAUAUCAAACUUUGGUCUCUUGAUAAGGAUACGCCUAUUGGAACACUCUCCGGCCACUCUGACCGAGUUUGCCGCGUUGAGUUUCAUCCGUCCGGGAAAUAUCUUGCGUCCGCAUCUUCCGACACCACCUGGCGACUAUGGGAUGUGCGCACCAACCAAGAGCUACUUUUACAAGAAGGUCAUUCACGCGGCGUUUAUGCGCUUGCAUUCAACCUCGACGGUUCACUCUUAGCAAGUGCUGGACUCGACAGUAUUGGGCGAAUUUGGGAUCUUCGCACUGGCCGAACAGUUAUGAUUCUAGAAGGCCAUAUUCGCGAGAUAUAUGCGCUAGAUUGGGGGGUGGACGGGCACCGUAUUCUAUCCGGGUCAGCAGAUGGCUGGGUGAAGUGCUGGGAUCUCCGGCAGGUUCGUGGAACUGGAGGAGUGGGAGCACAUAAAAGCGUUGUGUCGGAUUUAAGAUGGUACAAGGGCAGUGAUUCUACUUCUCAUUUACCCACAACUUCCACACAAGAGCAAAACGGAGAUAUGAUGGAUGUAACGCCUACUUCGACAACGGACCAGCCAACUCAGCCUCCUCAACCUAAAAAAUCUGGAACAUUUUUCGUUAGCAGCGGGUUUGACAAGAACGUCAAUAUAUUCAGUGCAGAUGACUGGUCGCUGGUGAAAUCGCUUCAGGGUCAUUCGGGAAAUGUCCUGAGUACAGAUAUCAGCAGUGACGCAAAAUGGAUUGCUAGUUGUGGACAUGAUCGCACAGUCAAACUAUGGGGCAUUGAAUAA